AUGGACAAGUUUCUUAGCCCAACUUCCACCCAACUAGGUGAAGUGCAUGAUGUCGUAGACACCACCCCAAACACUACCCCAAAACCCACUCCAAACACUACUCCUAUUGAUCUUAAGUCACCUAAAAAAGAAGCCAAUGGUGAACCACCCACAAUUAGGAAAAAGCCUACUAGGAACUCUAGAGUUUGGGAUCACUUUACAAAAGUGAAGGAUGGGAAUCCAAACAAUCCUAGAUGCACUUGUAACUAUUGUGGGAAAGACUAUGCUCAUGAUAGUAGGAGAGUUGGAACAAGUAGUUUAUGGGCACAUUUGAAAAAUCAAUGUAAGAAGUAUCCUUAUAGGGUGGCUGAUAAAAAACAUAAAUUGCUUAGCUUUCAAAGUGGUAGUGAUGGUGGGGGAAAUUUGUUGGCUAUGACCUUUAAUAAGGAGGGAUGUCGGAAAGCCUUAGCUAAGUUUGUGGUGAAGGAUGAGCAAGCCUUUAGUGUUGUAGAGGGUGAAGGCUUUAAAGAGUUUGUUCAGGAGUUGCAACCAAAAUUUGUUAUCCCUAGUAGAAGGAAUGUGACUAGGGAUAUAUAUCAAUUUUUUUGUGAAGAGGGGGUUAAAUUAAAGGAAGAGUUAACUAGAGAUGGGCAAAGGGUAUGCUUAGCCACUGAUUGUUGGAAUUCUUCCACCCAAAUGACUUAUAUGUGUCUCACUGCACAUUAUGUUGACAGUGAUUGGCAAUUGCAAAAAAAAAUUAUAAAUUUUUGUCAAAUUUCCAAUCACAAAGGAGAGACAAUCGGUAAGGUGAUUGAGGCUUGUUUGCUGGGUUGGGGAAUAGAAAAAGUUUUUGCUAUGAUUGUUGAUAAUGCAUCAGCUAAUGAUGUGGUUGUUGGUUUUGUGAAGAGGAUGGUGAAUGCAUGGAAUGGAUCUGUUCUUGACGACAAGUUCAUGCAUUUAAGGUGGAACUCCACUUUCAUGAUGUUAGAUGUGGCUCUUAAAUUUGAAAAAGCUUUUGCAAGAUAUGAGGAGGAAGAUGACAAAUUUUUGAGUUUCUUCGUGGACAAUGAACAUGGGAAGAAGAGGGUUGGGCCGCCAACUUCUAGUGAUAGGGAGAGUGCUACUAUAUUUGUCGAAUUUGUCUCAACUUUUUAUGAAAUUACUCUAAAGUUUAGUGGCACAUUGCAUGUAACGUCUAACAAUUUAUAUCAUGAGAUUUAUAAGAUUCAUACACAAUGGAGUGACUUAGCUAGUAGUAGUGAUCCUUUGUAUGAAAAAUAUUGCAGCAGUGCAGAGAACAUUAAUCCCAUGUUGUUUUUGGCUGUUGUGCUUGAUCCAAGAUACAAGUUGAAGUAUUUGAAGUACUGUUUUGAGACUGUUUAUGAUGCUGGAACUAUUGCCAAGAUUGUUGUCAAGGUGGAACAAAUCCUUCAACGACUGUACAAUUCUUAUCAUGUUGAGGGUGAGAGCGAUGGUGACAAGGUAAGUAAAAGUGACUCACCACCAAAGGGUGGUGCCAAAGAAACUAUUAGGAGGAGGUUAUUGGAAAAUUAUUUGCAACAACAACAGAUGUUUGUGACUAAGAAAAUGAAUGAUGUUGAUAAGUACUUGACUGAAGAAACUAUCAAUCCAAUGACUUCCUCAUUUGACAACAAACUUAAGGACAAAGCGACAACAAAAGAGAAGACCAAUGCACUCAUCGCCGUUGUUCAUUGA